UGCAUGACUAUAAAAUGCUAUGUUUGGAACACAUUCAUGCAGCACUUCGAAGUGAAGACUUCUCGCUGUUACUUAAUUUUUUUUAAACAACUUAUGAGUUGUUUUUAAUAAAGCAAAACCAUUCCCAAUGCUGAUGCGUUAAACUUCUUUUUAAACAAGUCUCUGAGUAUUUUAUUAUUAGUAACCUAUUAUCUGAACUUGAAGAAAACUUCUGUCGAAGACCCAUAGCAGCACGGACCUGGCUGAGUGAGCACGGACGGAACUGUGGGGGGGAUUCCUAAACUUUUGACUGCACCUUCACCAAUACAAGAGGAACAACCAUGAGCAACCUUUUCUACGGCUGGAACAACGGCACGAUUGACAACUGUACCGAUGUGGACGAUCUGAUGAAGCGCUACUAUCUGCCCGUGUUUUACGGUGCGAUCUUCAUCGUAGGCGUGGUGGGCAACAUCACCGCUCUGCUGGUCUAUGUGGUUAAAGUCCGUCCCUGGAAGAGCAGCACCAUCAUCAUGGUGAACCUUGUCGUCACCGACCUCCUCUUCAUGAUCCCCUUGCCCUUUCUGACCUACUACUACAGCCAAAACGACUCGUGGACGCUGGGCAUCACUAUGUGUCGCUUCACACGCUUCAUCUUCCACUUCAACCUCUACGGCAGCAUCCUCUUCCUCACCUGUCUGGCCAUCUUUCGCUACGUGGCAAUCGUGCAUCCAAUGCAUGCACACAGUAUCAAGAAGAAGCGCUGGGGAACGCUGGCAUGCAUCCUGGGCUGGACUGUGGCGGUCGCAGAAAUAAGUCCGAUUUUUAACCAAAUUGAAAUAAAGGAGCAGGACAACAAAACCUACUGCCUGGAUCUUGCAAGCAACAACCCAGAAUUCAUGUGGCCUUACAGUUGGGUGCUGACCGUGCUUGGAUAUCUGGUUCCUCUAGUCGUGGUCUGUCUUUGCUAUUGGCGCAUCAUGAAGGAGCUAAAGCAGGGUCCUCAUAAAGAAAGCAAGAAACGGGUUCGAGCGAGGCGGCUCAUUGUGUUGAUUCUGACGUGCUUCAUUGUGUGCUUUUUCCCUUUUCAUGCGCUACGGGCUUGGAGGAUCUACACGAGACUCACUCCAGAAAACAACUGCAUGCUGGACCGCUGGGCUCAUGCAGCCUAUAUCAUCUCGAGGCCGAUUGCUGCAGUCAACAUCAUUAUCAACCUGCCACUCUAUACGUUAUCAGGGGAUUGUUUUAAGCAGGCCUUUGUGGAAAUGUUCAGAUUUGAUCGGCUCAUGUCGAAAACUAAAGAGAUUGUUGAAGUGGCUGUGAUCAGCAAACACACAACUAAGAUCAUGCAUGACCAAAGCAGCUGAGACUCAUGAUGGUGUUUGAAAUGUACAGUAAACGAUGAGCCAAAGUCAAAGGCUCUGUGAAACAGCCGACAUAUGAAGGAGUACUCCACCAUAAAAUGACUUUCUGUCAUCAUUGACUCAAGUUGUUCCAGAUCUGUAUGACUGAAUGCAAAAAGAAGAUAUUCUGGAGAAGCAACAUUGGACCCUAUUCACUUGUUAUUGUUAACUAAUAUUAAAAAUUAAAUUAAAAAAUCCCUUUUGUUUAUUAAAAUAAAGCUGAAAUGAAUACAUAAUUAUUGGAUGAUAAUUUAAACUUGAUAAGGUUUUUAAAAUGACUAAAUAGAUAUUUUAUAUAAAAAAAAAUGAAAAAUACAAUGAAAGCUAGAUGGAAAUAUGAAAUAUGAUCAUAUUACUUCUUGUUGCAAGAAGAUGCAAAUGCAUAUGUUGCAAUGCUUUUUCCAUUAUUUACGCACCAGACCUACCUAAAAGCUGUUUAAGUGUUUUAAUAUUAUAUCAGUAUGCUCAGCCUCAAGGGGCUUUAUACAGUGUGUUUUAUUGGUGUGUUGAGGUCAUGGGUUCGAUUCCCGAGAAUGUAUGAAUGAAUUAAAUGUACAUAUUGAAUGCAAUGUAAGUCGCUUGGAAUAAAAUGUCUGCCAAAUGCAUAAACAUAAAUGUGACCAUGGAGUCUGGAGCAUAAAAACAACUCAUUCAAAUCUUUGAAUUGAGAUUUAUACAUCAUCUGCUGAAUAAAUAAUCUUUCCAUUGAUGUAUAGUUUGUUAGGAUCUGACAAUAUUUGGCAGAGAUAAAACUAUUUGAAAAUCUGGAAUCUGAGGCUGAAAAAAUCGAUAUAUGGAGAAAAUCACCUUUAAAGUUGUCCAAAUGAAGUUCUUAUCAAUGCAGAUCACUAAUCAAAAAUUAAGUUUUGAUAUAUUUACAGUAGAAAAUUGACCAAAUAUCUUCAUGGAACAUGAUCUUUACUUAAUAUUUUAAUGAUUUUUGGCAUGAAAGAAAAGUUAAUAAUUUUGACCCAUACAAUAUAUUGUUGUCCAUUGCUACAAAUAUACCUGUGCUACUUAUGACUGCUUUUGUGCUCCAGGGUCACAAAUGUGCCAAUUCAGAACAAACAACUAUAGUCAAAAAUAAAUAGCCCUUUCAUUGCAGUUGUACAUGUAAUGGUCUCUGUGUUUGUGGCAGUCUUGACUUGAUGAUGGUGUUAUGUUCCUUUGUCAUACAAGAUUGACAGCAAUAAAAGUCACUUAAAUUA